UGAAAAUUCGCCUAAAAAAACAACUCCUCCUUCUUUCCCUCUCUUUCAUGGACAGUGCAUCAGUGCUUGCUUGGCUUGGUCGUCUUCAAUGGAGAAACUGAGGAAAGCGGUGAGCGAGAUCGCCUACACUCAGGACCACACUAAGCUUACUCAUCUUCACCGCUCUCUUAUCCCUGUCCUCUCCUUCGCCUCCUCUCUCUGCAGGCUCGCCCUCUCCCUCCGCCGCUCCUUCUACCACUAUGGCCUCUGCACAAAGCACCGGUUACCGGUGCCAGUGAUAAGUGUUGGGAAUUUGACAUGGGGAGGCAACGGGAAAACUCCAAUGGUGGAGUUCAUUGCGCGGUUUUUAGCUGAUUCGGGAAUUUCUCCUCUCAUUCUUACCAGGGGUUAUGCUGGUGGGGAUGAAGCUAAAAUGCUUCGUAGGCAUUUGCUUGGAAAGCCUGUGAAGAUAGGUGUGGGUGCAAAUCGGGCAGCUAUCGCUGCUCAUUUCUUUGAAAAAUAUGGUUAUGUUGAUCCUUACUCUACAAGUAAAUACGCUGAUGGACUUAACCUAGGACAGAAAGUGGGAAAUCAUCCUAGUUCACAAAAAAUUGGUGCUGUAGUUCUGGAUGACGGAAUGCAGCACUGGAGCCUGCAGCGUAAUCUGGAGAUUCUAAUGAUUAAUGGAUUAACACUAUGGGGCAACUGUCACUUAACACCACGUGGACCGUUAAGGGAACCUUUGAAUGCACUUAGACGGGCAGAUGCUGCUGUGCUCCAUCAUGCAGAUUUGGUUUCAGGACAAAAGCUCAUAGAUAUAGAAUUAAUGCUAAGAGAAGUUAAUAAAUCUGUUCCAAUAUUCUUCACUAAAAUGGAUCCCUGCUUUUUCUCCGACGUGGGAAAUGUCAACUCCAGAAAACCUCUUACAGCUUUGUCUAACAGCAUUGUAUUAUGUGUUUCUGCCAUUGGUUCUGCGGAUGCAUUUGUGAAGGGAAUGGAGAAGAUAGGAGCAUUCUAUGUCGAUCGACUUGAAUUCAGUGACCACCACAUAUUUCAGCCCAAGGAUAUUGAAAUGAUCAGGAAGAAACUAAGACAACUGGAGGAUGCAUUUGGUUCCAAGCCAGUUGUUAUAGUCACAGAAAAGGAUUAUGAUCGAGACCCGGGGAUUUUUAAGCAUCUGGAUCAUUAUGAAAUCUUGGCACUCUGUUCUGAAUUGAAGAUCAUACCUUGCGGCGAAUGCACUGAAGAUAGCUUCAAAAAGCUGUUGAAGGAGGGAAAACUUACAAGGUAGUCUUCAUUGUCUACCAACACCUAGAGGGUUAACAAGAAAUGUUUCUGUAAGCUUGCGCCCAUAAAAAAUAAUAUAUCUUUGAGUUAUGCAAUGAAAGGAGGUUCAUGUUGCCUUUGCCGGUUAACUCAAGCAGUGUGAAAGAGAGUGACGCAAUGAGUUAGGACUAGGAUAUGUCCAGGUUUCGAAUCUUUCCAACAUAAAAGCAUGAAAGAAUCAAAGAAUAUAGUUUUCAUGUGGUUUUCUAGUUCCUUACCGUUUCAAAGCCAUCUGUAUCAAGGAAUGCUGUGAUCUUGGUGUGAAUUUUUGGGAUUGGACCUGGUGGUCUUAUUAUUUUCCCUC